AUGAAGAAUUCUCAAGUUCUACUGUGCUUCUCUCUCAUUCUCUGUGGUUUGGUGACAGAAUGUUUUGGCUACACUUUAAUGCCCAAAGACAAAAGAGGAUGGACUUUGAACAGUGCUGGUUACUUGCUUGGUCCACAUGCUCAUCGAACUCUGACUGAUAAAGUAGGAACAGCUGGGAAAAGGGAGACAGAGGAAGACAUGUACAAACCUGCAAGAGAGGUGUACAGUAACCAACUCUAUUCUCUGGAUGAAAACACAAUUCAAACUGUCCUUGAUUUCCUCUCCUACCUUCGUCUUAAAGAACUUGGUGGUCUGGAUCACAAUGGCAUGCUGAUUUCUGAAGAAUCUACUCAGCCAUAA